CAUGCUCAGACCCCCUCUCACCCUCCGACACAGCAUUCCAGUGUGAGCAGAUGAAAGCCAGCCUCUCUCUGUCUCCUGGUGGGUGGAGUGAUUUUCAGUGGUCACGGCGAGAAUCGGGAGUCUUAAUCAUUGAUUCUCGCAGAGAGUGAGGGACAGAAGAAGGGCAAAGAAACGUGGAAACCUUCACUCUGACACUGACACUCACACAGCAGGGAUGGUAGCAGAGGAGAUCGUGGUUUCCCUCUCAGGUGGAGCUCCGUGGGGCUUCAGACUGCAGGGAGGAGCAGAACAGCAGAAACCUCUACAGGUGGCCAAGGUACGCAGGCGCAGCAAAGCUUGCAGAGCCGGACUGAAGGAGCAUGAUGAGCUGGUGGCCAUUGGUGAGCAGAUGUGUGCUGACCUCAGUCAUGCUCAGGCCAUGAACCUCAUUGAAACACAGAGCGCCACUCUCAACCUGAGGAUCAAAAGGGCUCCUUCUGGUUUCCACUCUGCGUCUUCCCGCUCCUCCACCAGGGUCCUGUCUCCCACCGCCAACCGUUCCUCCAUCCUCUCCCCCACAGGCCUACCCAGCGGCAUCACCUCCCCUCCUGACAGCGAGGCUUACUAUGGAGAGACAGACAGUGACGCAGACACGCAGUCACACACGCACCGCCGCCAACGUCGCACGCCUCCUCACGCGCGCUCACCUGCACGCUACGACAACCAGGAGGAGGAGGAGACGUCAGAGAUGAGCGGGUAUGAAAGUGCCACAGAUGGGGGGGUUUCCCUGCAGGGGCAGUGGGAUGGACAGUCUCUUCUGGGCGUCCCUCGUAGAGAGCUCAUCCUCCAGCCUGGACAAAGUGACUGGACCACUCCAGCACACACUCCACACACGCUGACCCCUCACUCGAUCACACCCACCCCUGAUCAGGGGUUAGCUGAGGGGGAGGGAGAGGGGGAUAGCGGCUUUCAGGAGGCGGGGGGCGUCAUCGGGCUGACCUGCCCGCCGCUUGUGUCUCCUGAGCGGGCCAUGGAGGCUUUGAUGUUGGGGUCCAGUAAACAACUGGUGCCGAUGGUGGGACCACAGAUGAGCCCACUCAGUGAUGAGCUCUCAACCACAUACAUGGAUAAAGCACGGCAAGCCAAGUUGCAGCGUGGGGAGAGUCUGGUGGAGAAACAGGUGAAAGAAGCCCGUACUAAAUGUCGCUCCAUUGCCUCUUUGCUGACUGAUGCUCCAAACCCCAACUCAAAAGGGGUGCUUAUGUUCAAGAAACGCCGGCAGAGGGCGAAGAAGUACACGCUGACCUGCUUUGGCAAAGCUGAGGGAGACAGAGGAGGGGAUACAGAAGGAGAGACAGGAGGGGAGACAGAGGAGGAAGGAGGAAGUUCAAUUCUAAGUGGCUCAGAAGUUGAUGAAGAGGGAUUCUCAGCAUCGUUUGACCCUACGUGGGAUACAGGUUAUCUAGACCUGCUGGACAGGAGAAGCUCUGCUUGUCCGUCAACCACACCAACCACUCCAACAACGCCGACAAUCAAUCAAAACUUGGGGCUAGACAUCUCAAACUAUCAGAUUCCAGGACUUGCGAACCCCGUCAUUCAAAGUCCAGGGUUGGAGAGCCCAUCCUACCAGGGCUCACCACUGGAUAGCGGCAUCAAAAAGCAUCCAAUCAGUGGCAAUUCUCCAACAAUGUCUCCUCCAGCUGUUGCACUGACCAAUGGGGGGUCAGUAGCUGUUAGUCGGGCUAGUGUAGUUCUGAGCCCUCCCACUCAGACACAACUUCCUACUAAUAACGGGCAACAAAUGAACCCAAAUCCCACCCCUACGCUUAGUCCUAACCCAAUCACUGACUCAGAACCUAACCUGAACACCAACUUCAGCCCUGCACCUGGUGUUCUGAACCGUACUGCACGCCCUUUCACCCCAGGUCCUACCCCUUCUCGUCCAACUGUAACCUCUGUGAUGUUUCGCCCUCCCCAGCCUAAACCAACAGCUUUGACGAUGGCAGCCAAACCUGUGGCUGCUGUCUCCAUGAUGACUAUCCAGCCAUCUCGCCUUCCAUCAGGGCCGGAUCCAAGAAGAGCGGUGUCUAGCACCUCUCUGUAUAUCCCCCCAAGAAACGCCAAUGGCAGCUCUCCCCCUUCUGGGAAUUCUCCACCCUCCUCUUUGUCUUCCACACAAUUCUCCCAGCCCACAUCAAAUCCACCAUUUUCCCCUCAGCCUGCAGUGUUUGCUUCCCAGUCAACCCCAUUCUCUCCAUCAGUAGCUCAAAGCCCCUUGGUAUACCCGGCACCAGCUCAACCCUUCUCUCCACAAUCUCCUUUGUCAUCUCUUUCUUAUCCACCUCCUCCCACUGGUAUUGCAUGCUCUCCACUUGUCCCACCACAACCCCUUGAUGUGGCACAUACCUCAGUUCAUACCCAGCCAAACCCUCCCCUCCCUCCACUCCCCCAACCGUCUCCAUCUGCCCACUCCUUCAUCAACACAACUGCUGCAAUGACUCCAGGUCCCAAUGCUGCCAUGGAAAUUGCACCGCCUGCACAAACUCCAGUUGGUGAUUCAUUUGGGACACGAGAGCAGCGAAUCUCUGUCCCAGCAGCUCGCACUGGCAUCCUGCAGGAAGCCCGUCGUAGAAGCAGCAAGAAGCCAAUGUUCUGCUCAGUCCAGAACAAAGAUGUGGAUCCAAACCCGGACCUGAUGUCAAUGGUACAAAAUAUGGAUGACCGUUUUGCUAGAACCCCAGGUGAAGAUCGUGGAGCUACUGCUGUUGCAGAGACUGGACAUGAAUCAGGGCCAGAGGAGGAUUGGCUCAGGCUUGGAGCAGAGGCCUGCAACUUUUUGCAAACUCAGAAGGGACCAAGACCACCUCCUGUAGCUCCUAAACCACAACCCCCCCAGGUUCCACAGCUAGGAGGGAAAGGAGGUCAACUGUUUGCUCGCAGGCAGAACAGGAUGGAUCGGUAUGUCGUGGAAAGAGCUCCCUCUGUUGCUGCCGCACCUUACUCCCCUGCCCAGAAUAGGGAGCCCUCACCCACACCUUCUCUCCCUGCAACCUGGAAAUACUCAUCCAACAUCCGUGCUCCUCCUCCAAUCAGCUACAACCCUCUACUCUCUCCCUCCUGCCCUCUUAAAGCCCAAAAGAAGGCAGAUGUGGCAAAGUCUGGAACAGCUGGAUCCAAAGGGAAGAAAGCUGCAGGAAAAUCUGUGGACAUCAUGAACCACCAACCUUACCAGCUCAGCUCUUCUCUGUUCAGCUAUGGAGGCGGGGUUCCCUCAAAUACUCCCACCUAUCAGAAGCAGCAAGGAGGUACCAGUGGUCCACAGAAAACGGCGAGAGUGUAUGAGGUAAAGCGAUUCUCCACGCCUCCACCGACGUCCACAGGGCCAGCCCUCAAAGUCAUUGCACCGCGAUCUGCUACCACUCUUGGGGAUCCGCUGUGGUGCUCUGAUGUCACAUCUCCUCCACCCACAGCUGGUCAGGCCCCCUACCAACCAUACCAACCUGAACCCCAACAUUACCAGCCUCAACCUCAAGCUUACCAACCUCAGUGGGCCACCUCCCCCAUGUCUCCUCCACCUCCCCCUGCCCCUACAGCUCCACUCCCACAGCUUCCCACCUUCUCCACAGUUCCUGCCCAGAAUAUUGUCCAAUCUCCUACUUUCUACCAUGCUCAGUCCUCCAACACUGCACAGGCCAACAGGCAGUUUAAGAGUACCCCAGAUCUUAGUCCCCUGAGCCCCACCGAAGGUUCUCGGCCAGCAUCUAGCUGCACUCAACUGACCCGGGUCCCCAGGCCCAGAUUCAGCACUUCCAACCUGGGUCUGCAGCCUUGUGUCUGGCGCCCUGGAUCCACUGCACACUGAACUCUGGUCUGGACAUUUUAAGCUAUGGAUCUGUGGGAACAUAGAAUGUGUUUUAGCAGUGUUUUAUUGUUAAUCAGAGCUGUAGCUAUGUUUUUGUCAGCCUUAUCACAUUUUCUUUUGACCUGUAUGAAUUAUCUCUAUUUUAUGGCACAUUUAACACUUGCAUAUGUUCUAGUUUCUUGCGCAUUUUAUAAUAGAUUAAGGGAACACUGUUUUGCAGAGGGAAUGUAGCAAGGUAACCUGAAAAAGAUGGCUGAGGGGAACUGAUAUAAAGUGUAGCGAAUAUUGAACUGACUGAUGAAGAACAUAGAAAAGAAGAAUUGAGGAUGUGAAGACAAGACUGUUGAGACAGAGAAGUGGUCACCAAUGAAGAGUAAAGCACUGAUGAAGUGAAAUUACAUACACAAAGGUUUAUGAGCUGUUGAAAUGCAGAUUUGUGUUGUAGCUUUACAAUAUGUGAACAUCUUACAGUACCUGUUAAUGUAGUUCUACUACUGCUAACUUUCACAAUAUUCACUCUGCUGCCAUUUUUAUGUUGUCAAGUUUGUGGUGGGAAGCUGUAUUCCACAUUGAAUCAUAGUAACAGAGAAAAACUGACAAUCAUUAUAAUGCUCUAUAAACUGAUAAGUAGAAGCCCCAGUAGAAGUCACAACUGUAAUACUCCAUGACAAAACAAUGCGUUAUAUUUUGUCUAGGAAAUGGCUAAUUUCGACAUGAAAAUCAUAAACACAGAUGAUCUAACAAUAGGUAUUAUUUUACUACCUCCUAGUUGAUCAGGGUUUAAAAAGACAACAGAGAGUAAAACCCAGAGCAAAAAUUGUAUCCUAAGAAAAAUUAAAUUUAAUGUCUACACAUAGGAAAUAGUGCACACAAGCUUUCUUGUACUACCGAAGCAAUAUUAGCUUUUGUUAGCAACUUACCGUUAGGCCUUUCUUAUUAUACCAUAAAGCAGUUGCUUGUGUUUGCAUCCAGCCAGUUCUAAAUUAUCAAUAAUUUCAGCUAGGAAUAGCUAAUUUCAGAGAAUAUAGCAAUCAAAAAUCAAUAUUUUACUUCAUUUUAUCUACCUUUACAUAACAUCAUUAUAUCUUUCUAUUGCUAUCUACCAAACAUCAAAUGGUUAUAUUAGUGUCACUCUAGCUUUCUCUUACACAACUAGCAAGGAAGUAGCUAAUACUGAGUUCUAUUUACCUCAGGAAUGGGAAUGUGUCCCAUUUAUUAUGAGCUCAUAAUUCAGGGUACUGAAGUUGCUCAAACUUUCUGAGUCGGUAUUACGAUUUCAGAGCGCAUUUUUGAUGAUAUCAACUCGAAAUUUAUGAGUUCCAAAAUUAAAUGAAACGCACCAUAAAUGCUCACAUUAGCUGCUGUCAGUUGAUGUAGCAAAUGCUGUACUGUUGCUAGCGCGCUAGCUAGGGUAAGCAUCCUCUCGAUAGCUAAAGUGCUUUUAACAACAGCAGCACAUUUCAAACAAGGUUAAGGUAUUUAAGGCAGAAUUGUUUUCUUUUAUUGAAGUGAAAAAUGCAAACAAAGUUCAAGUGAUAAACACUUUUCCAAAUGACAAAACAAAUUUACAUUUUUCAAAACAAAUAAACAAAGUUGAAUACAAAAAUUGCACAUUCUGAAACACUUUAACCAAACUAGAAAAAAAAAAUUGUACAAGUUGCAAGUUUCUAAAAGUCUGAAACACUUCUGACAAAAACACUUUUACAAAUCAUAAUAAUAAUUUCAAAUGGAAACAUUCAAUUUCAAAUGUACAUAUAAUUUAUGUAUUUUACAUGAGCUAAGACAAAUUUACAAGUUAUAGAACACUUUUACAACUUCUAAAACAAUUUUAAAAACACGGUAGCUUACAGAAGGGGAUUGUACCAAAUACCAUAAGUGACCCAAGUUUGAAGCUAUGUAAAAGUAUUUUAGACUUUAGAAUUUUAGUAAUUUUGAAUUGAACUAGUUAGAAAAAGAAACUUGAAAAAUAAAACGGGGGCUAAAAAUGGCAGUGUGUGAUUUGGAACAAUGCUAUAUUUAGGUGUACAGUUAUACAUUAUACCAUCAGAAGUACACAACUUGAGACAUGCUGCUGUUUGAGUUAGCAUUUUGCUACUUCCUGUCACUUUCACUAGCUAGUAAGUUGCUCAAUGCUUAUGUUAGCUCCUGUAAGACACAUUUUAAUGUAAACUGAGCUGAUUUUAUCCUUGAUCUUCUGUUAACUGUUAACUUUAAUUCAAACUGUCCAUAUAUUUUGAAUUUCUUUGGUUUCUGAAACAUUACAGCAACAGCCUACACAAGCUUUGCCUGAGUGUGACACUAUGGGAAAAUGACCACAGGAGAAAGAGGUCAGUUUCCCCCUCAUUUUAUAUAAAUUAAAAGUAUCUGAGUUUGAUAUUUCAAGGUGUGUUUUUUAGUAUGCAUAUGCAGCAGAGUGGGAUUUAUUUUCUGUAGUCUUUUAUUGAAGAAGAACCUUUUUUUCUGUAGCGUUAAUUCUGAUUUGUUGACAUGACACAGGAGAGCUAUAACAUGUCUGUUUAGCUGUGAUUCUUUUCCACAGAGACUGAAUAAAA